AAUAGGUCUCAACUGGACGGAUGACCCAAAGCAAGCUCCGCAGAUGUUUGACUUUACAGGAUCACCAGGUGUGAACCCAGAGUCUGGGUUGAAUGAACACUCUUCACCACUCGAUUGUUACUUCAAAUUUGUGUCACCAGAAACGUUUGAAGACAUUGCAGAGGAAAGCAACAAGUAUGCAAGAUCUGUUCUAGCUGCCAAUCCACCCUCUCCAUCAUCCCCUGCGAGAAAGUGGACUCCUACUUCUGGAGGUGAACUGAUGGUCUUCUGGGCUCUUUGCAUGCUCAUGGGUGUUGUUGGAAAACCAGCUACCCACCUAAACUGGUCAACUCGGCGUAUACUUCUCACUCCGUUCUUCGCACUAACGAUGGCAAGGGAUCGAUUCAUAUUACUUCUUCGUUUCCUUCAUUUCAACGACAGUACGACAGCCAAACCACGAGACGAUCCGGAUUUCGAUCCCCUUCACAAGCUCCGUCCAUUCUACGACAAAGUCACAACUGCUUUCCACACCGUCUUCACCCUUUUCCGCUCCAUUUCUGUUGAUGAGGCCCUAAUCCGUUUCUACGGCCGUCUUAUAUUUAAGACCUUCAAUCCCCGGAAGCCUGCAAAGUACGGGAUGAAAGCGUACAAAAUUUGUGAUGUAUCAGGGUACACUUGGAAGUUUAAGCUGUAUACAGGACGUACUGGUGGUGAAACCAUUCUUGAACUUGUGAUGUCGAUGAUGGCAGGUCUCCUUGACAAAGAAUACCAUUUGUUUAUGGAUUCUUCCCCGUCACUUUUUUGGCACUCUUUAAAAGGAAAACUCAUGCUUGUGGAACAGUAAGAAUUAACCGGAUAAACAUGCCUAAAGACAUGAAAGCAAACAGGAUGAAGAAGGGAGACUCAUUAUGGAAACGGAGUAAAGAACUUCUUUGUAUGUUGCGGAAAGACAAGCGAGAUGUGACAAUGCUUUCGACCAUGCACACCGAUGAAUUCCAACCCACCGGCAAGAAAGACCGCGCGACUGGAGAGGACAUUCACAAACCAGAAGUAGUCUUGCAUUGGACUACAAUCGAUAUAUGGGAGGUGUCGAUUUGUCCGAUUACCUUACCGGU